AUGGAGAAUAAUACGGUACCAUAUGUCGUCGAUACGGCGCCCACAACUCCUCCAGAUAAACUUGUAGCACCUUCAAUAGAGGAAGUAAAUAGUAAUCCUAACGAAUUAAGAGCUUUGAGAGGACAAGGUAGAUAUUUUGGCGUAAGCGAUGAUGACAAGGAUGCUAUUAAAGAAGCUGCACCUAAGUGUAAUAAUUGCUCUCAAAGGGGUCACUUGAAAAAGGACUGUCCUCAUAUAAUAUGUUCGUACUGCGGGGUGACAGAUGAUCAUUAUUCUCGACAUUGUCCGAAGGCUAUCCAGUGUUCAAAGUGUGACGAAGUGGGUCAUUACAGGUCUCAAUGUCCGCAUAAAUGGAAAAAAGUUCAAUGCACUCUUUGUAAGAGUAAGAAACACUCAAAAGAAAGAUGUCCUAGCAUAUGGAGAGCAUAUAUUUUAAUAGAUGAUAAUGAAAAGGCAAAGCCCAAAGUCCUUCCCUUUCAUACUAUAUAUUGUUAUAACUGUGGUGGAAAGGGGCACUUUGGUGAUGAUUGCAAAGAAAACAGAUCAUCUAGGGUACCUAACGAGGAUGGGAGUGCGUUCACCGGUUCUAAUUUAUCAGCUGAGCUAAAACAAGAAUACUACCGUCACAUAAACAGAAAUGCGGAGGAAAAUGAAAACCAAUUUAGCGGGUCUAUAUAUGACGAGGAGCCACUACCGAGAUCUUCACAUAAAAGACAUUCACAAAAUGAUCACACUCAUAGUGGCAGAAGUAAACGUAGAGCAUCGAAUUUUCAUCCUCCUCCUUACCAAAAGCCUAAUGUCAUUCAACCUACCAUAAGGGGCGAGACGCUGUCACUCAAUAAUAAUAUUAGUAAAAAUUCACGAUAUCAGAAUACAAAAGGAAACGUUUCGUCGAUAUCCGAAAAUAUGUAUGGUUCCAGAUAUAACCCUUCUACCUAUAAUAACAAUGACAUUCCUGGCUCUUCCAAUUACAGAAACUAUAACUCUUAUCAACCAUAUAGGAGUGGUACCUUGGGGAAAAGAAGAUAA